CGGAGCGCACAUUCAGCCAAGAUGGUCUCAAUCAAACCCCCCUCGUCCCUGGCGCACAUGUCGUGCACGCAGGCUCUGCUGGUCGGGGGCGGCGUGAGCGUCCUCCUGCUCGCCGUGCUGCUGCUCCGUCAGCUCGUCAAGCAGCGGAGACCCCCGGGCUUCCCCCCCGGGCCUUCCCCCAUCCCUGUCAUCGGCAGCAUCCUGUCUCUGCUCACCGAGCCGCACGUCUUCCUCAAGAAGCAGAGUGAAGUUCACGGACAGAUUUUCAGUCUGGACCUGGGAGGAAUCCUGACCGUGGUGCUAAACGGCUACGACAGUGUCAGAGAGUGUCUUUACCAUCAGAGCGAAGUGUUUGCUGAUAGACCGUCUUUGCCUCUCUUCAAGAAAAUGACCAAAAUGGGCGGUCUCCUCAAUUGCAAAUACGGCAAAGGCUGGAUCGAACAUCGCAAACUGGCCUGCAACUCCUUCCGCUACUUCGGCAGCAGUCAGAGCCUCUUCGAAAAAAAGAUCUCGGAGGAGUGCAUGUUCUUUGUGGACGCCAUCGACAAGCACAAGGGCAAGCCCUUCAACCCCAAACACCUGGUUACCAACGCCGUAUCCAACAUCACCAACCUGAUCAUAUUCGGACAGCGCUUCAGCUACGACGACCGAAACUUUCAGCACAUGAUCGAGAUCUUCAGCGAGAACGUGGAGCUGGCGGUGAGCAGCUGGGCUUUCCUCUACAACGCCUUCCCUUGGAUCGAGUACUUGCCAUUCGGGAAGCACCAGAAGCUCUUCCGCAACGCCGCUGAGGUGUACGACUUCCUGCAGCAGAUCAUCAAGGACUUUUCUCGAGGCAGAGUGUCUCACGUACCUCGACACUACGUCGACGCCUACUUGGACGAUUUGGAGCAGAACGCGGCAAACCCAAAUUCUUCCUUUUCCUUUGAGAACCUCAUCUAUUCAGUGGGGGAACUCAUCAUUGCUGGCACCGAGACCACCACCAACACCCUGAGAUGGGCCAUGCUCUACAUGGCGCUCUACCCCAACAUACAAGAGAGGGUGCACAGGGAGAUCGACAGCGUGCUGGCUAAUGGCCGGGCCCCGUCUUUGGAGGACAAACACAAGAUGCCCUUCGUGGAAGCCGUCCUGCACGAGAUCCUGCGCUUCUGCAAUAUUGUUCCCCUUGGCAUUUUCCGAGCCACCACGCAGGAUGCACAAGUGAACGGCUACACCAUUCCCAAAGGCACCAUGGUGAUCACUAACCUGUAUUCCGUGCACUUUGACGAGAAAUACUGGACCGACCCAGGAGUUUUCUCACCGCACAGGUUUCUGGACAGCAAUGGUAACUUUGUGAGACGUGAAGCCUUCCUGCCAUUUUCACUCGGGAGGCGCCACUGUGUCGGUGAGCGUCUGGCCCGGAUGGAGAUGUUUCUCUUCUUCACCACUCUGCUCCAGAGGUUCCACCUUCAGUUCCCGCCAGGUAGCGUUCCCACGGUGGCUCCCAAACUGGGCAUGACUUUGCAGCCAAAGCCUUACUCCAUCUGCGCCAUCCGCAGGCAGCACUUUGGAGACACUCCUUAUGGCAUGUAGGCAAGCAGUGCAGAGACUUCAUGUUCAAAUUCAAUCCACAAAUCUACUCUUGUACAGCAACUCCACAGCACACACAGGGGCAUGUAAGACUGCAGCACUCUGGAUUUCAGCAGUGCAUUAUUUUUGGACUCGUUCUUACACACGCGUGAUGCAGUUUACUUGCUUCUUACCAAAUCUUUGUACUGGGCAAUAUGCAUGUUUGCACUAAAGGCACAAUGCUGUGCAAAGACAGACAUGUUAUCGAUGGAGUUCUGCGUAGCACGCAGCAGUUCUGAGCACAGGACACAAAAUGCCUAUGAACCUUAACGAUCCAGGGAUGUGUUGGGUGGAAGUCAAUGAUUGAUACUAAGUACACACGUGGUGGUUCACAGCCCUCAUCCUUCUCAGGGCAGCGUCAGGCCAGACAAACGACCUGUGAGCAGAGACGAGACUUUCCAGGAAUGUUCCGCACACUGUAUGCUUAGGCUGGAUAGGGACCAGCUUUACUUCAUGUAAACUGACUUUGACUCUGCCUCCAGGGAGAGUUCUUUUUGGAAAAACCUUUGCCAAUGCAAAAGAAGGUGAAUUUCUAGAAUUGUUGGUUUGUAUACCCUCUGAUGGUGCUUGUCAGUACUUACUAAGUCUUUUAUAUUGAUGGGAAUUUGUGUUCAACGACACAACUCUUAAAGUGUCUUCCCAUUUUGUACAUUUUCUAUUCAAUACUUGAAGAAUCAAAGGGUAAGCGAGGACCACAACUUAGUAAACGGUAAUAAAUGACUAUGUUGGACUUGCAAGUUUGACAUGUCAUGACUUGAAUUAUUUGAUGUUGUUUUGUCAAUUACAAUACCAAUUGUGAAAAGUAUUAAACUUGUUCAUGUG